AUAGAGCUUCUUGCUCAACGCAGAUCCGAUAGCACGAACCCCACCCUCCGCACCGCCAACGCCUUUCAGCAUCUGAUUCGCCUCGGUGAUCUUUCUCUUGUUGCGCCCCUUGGAGGGACCCCCGGCCAAGGCCUCUUCGCGUCGCUCCAGAGCCUCGACCUGCUCCGCUUCCUUCAGGGCUUCCCAGAACAGCCGAGGGCAUUCUGGCCCAUGUGUCCCGCACAGUUGUAAACCCAGACUUGGAGUUGAGUGUCUGAAAGUCCCUGAGUGAGGUCACGAAUGCCGUUUGAUCAUGUGCGAGGGAAUGACAUGGAGAUCCUUCAUCUAGACGGCGGUCAAUCACUGCCCAGAUCCUGUUGCCCUACGAACCUGGUGGGCACGAAUCAGUUGCUCGGUCAGCCCAGUGAGGUAUUCGAUAGUAUCGUCAUGGCUCUUGGUCUCUUUCACGAGAAAGCCAUCGACCACUUGAGUCGACGAUAACGCUGUGUUGAUCUGAACCCCCCAGUUUUC